GCAGUACCUCUCCACAAAACACUCACCAUUGAGACCAAUUACCCCGGCGUCCGGGACCAACCCGAACGCCGGAAGACAUGGAGACGGCUAUCGGUGCGGCAAACUGGAUGGUCGGUAGGGUGCUGAAUAAGCUGUCAGAUGACUUGCUGGCCGCUUAUGUGGCCAGCUCCGAGCUCGGCCUCAACUCCGAGCAGAUCAAAACCAAGCUCAAGUACAUGCAAGGGCUCCUGCACACGGCCCAGGAGAGGGGUGUGAGCAGCAACCCUGGCCUGCAAGGCUUGCUAGAGGACUUGAGCAAGAAGGCUGAUGAGGCUGAGGACGCGCUGGAUGAGCUCCACUACUUCAUGAUCCAGGACCAAUUGGGUGGUAUCCGGAUGGCAGCCAUGGAGCUAGGCGAUGGCCUCCGUGGUCAUGCUCUACAUGCUUGCCAUGCUGCUCGCCACACCAUCGGUAACUGGCUUCCAUGCUUUUCUUGCACACGUACACAAGAUGAUGAUUGUGCUGCUUCGACGAUUGUUGGGAAACCCAUAAAAUUCGACAGGGUGACCAUGUCUAACAAAAUCAAGUCAGUGAUGGAGGGCAUACACGACCUAUGUCAUCCUGUCUCUGACUUGCUGGAUAAAAUUCCAAAUAAUAGCACAUCGAUCACCCUUAAAAGGACUCCAACGGGUUCAACAGUCGCACAAGAUAUAUUUUAUGGGAGGGAUGUCAUUUUUGAGCAAACUGUGACUUCACUCACCAGUGGCACAUAUCAGAAUGAAGCACUUUCUGUUCUUCCUUUUGUCGGCCAUGGGGGUAUGGGAAAGACAACUUUCAUCCAACACUUGUAUAAUGAGAAAAGGAUUGGGGAACAUUUCGCUGUCAAGGUUUGGGUAUGUGUUUCAACUGAUUUUGAUGUGCUUAAGCUCACCCGGCAGAUCCUUAGUUGCAUACCUGCAAUUGAAAAAGAAGAAUAUAACUGCACAAAUGAAACAGCCAAUUUAGACCAGCUUCAAAAAUCCAUUGCAGAGAGACUGAAGUCUAAAAGGUUUUUAGUUGUCUUGGAUGACAUCUGGAAAUGCAAUAGUGAAAGUGAUUGGAAUAACCUAUUAGCUCCAUUCAAAAAGGGGGAAAUCAAGGGCAGCAUGGUUCUUGUCACGACUCGGUUUCCAUCUAUAGCACAAAUGCUGAAAACAGUUAAUCCAACAGAACUACGUGGUUUGGAGCCUAGUGACUUCUUUAAAUUAUUUGAAGCAUGUAUCUUUGGUCAGAGCAAACCUGGGCGUUACGAAGAUGAGCUGAUUGAUGUCGCAAGAGAUAUUGCAAAGAAACUAAAGGGUUCACCACUAGCAGCCAAUACAGUUGGUCGGUUAUUGAAGAAAAACCUUUCUCGGGAAUAUUGGAUGGGAGUUCUUGAAAAGGAUGAAUGGAAAAAUGCAAAAGAUGAUGAUGAUAUUAUGCCAUCUCUUAAAAUUAGCUACGAUUACCUCCCUUUCCAUCUGAAAAAAAGUUUUUCAUAUUGUGCCCUUUUCCCUGAAGAUUAUAAGUUUUAUAAUUCAGAAAUGACUAGCUUGUGGACUGCCAUAGGUAUCAUAGAUUCUCAUUGCCAAAACCAUAAAAACUACUUAGAAGAACUAGUGGACAAUGGUUUUCUCAUGAAGAGAGUUGAUGAGUAUCAUCAAUACUAUGUGAUGCAUGAUUUAUGCACGAACUUUCUUUGAAUGUUUCAUCUCAAGAAUGUGCCAAUAUAAGUACUUUAAGUUUUAACGCCAGUGACAUCCCACGAUCUAUUCAGCACUUAUCAAUCACCAUACAAAAUAUAUAUGAUGAAGGUUUUGUAGAAGAAAUGGGUAUAUUGAAGAGCACGAUAGACGUCGGAAAUUUGCGGACUUUGAUGAUUUUUGGAUAUCAUGAUGCAAGAAUAUCAAAUAUUUUU